AGAGCAGGCUGUGACUUCAAACGAGCGAGACGUGACGCAGAAAACCACAGAGGGAGGAAAAACAGCCUGUUCCUCCCCGUCCCCCCCUCGGCUCCCUUCCCCGGCCCGGGUACAGAGGCGUUGGUGCCCCGUGCUCAGCCGCCAGCGCUGGGGAGGAGGAGGAGGAGGAGGCAGCCAGCGGCCCCAUGGCAGCCUGGCCGCCCGCCCUGCGCCUGCUGCUCGCGCUGGGGGCAUGGGCAAUCUGCAGCCACAGAGGAGCGGCCCUGGACUAUAAAGCCCCCCUCCUGCGGCUCACCGGUGGCAGCUGCCGCUGCGCCGGGAAGCUGGAGGUGUACACGGAGAAAGGCCGGAGCCCCGUUUGCGGGGACAUGAAGAGCCAAGAAGCAGCCAGCAUCUGCCAGCAGCUGAGCUGUGGCCCCCUCAUUGCCACCAGCCACUUGGCGAUGGACAGCAACAGGGAGGCACGGGUGCAGGCGAUGCGCUGCACUUGGAUGGGCACCUGGGAGAGGUGCCGCUGGAUGCCAGCUAACUGCAGCAACCACGCCACCUUUAUCUGCAGUGAGCCAGCACCCACCACCACCAAGCCUCCUACUAUGCCACCGACCACCAGCCCGGAGCCCACCGGCCCCCCCAGGCUGCGGCUGGUGGACGGCUACUUCAGCUGCUCAGGCUUCGUGGAGCUCCACAUGCGGGGGCGCUGGGGGGCCGUGGCGAGCAGCCCGGGCAACUGGAUGGAGCUGGGUGCCCGCAUCUGCAGCACGCUUGGCUGCGGCAGCCUCAUCGGUGGCCCCACGGCCCCGCAGCCCAGCCAGCUCCUCGUGAAGUGGGAGGCGGUGGAGCCGUGCAGGAGCCCCCAGCCCAUCGACUGCUUCAACAGGACCCGGGCCGAACGCGGGAGAGCACCCGCCUUCCUCACCUGCUCAGGUUCCCAGCCGCAGGCGGUGCGGAGGCUGGCGGGCGGCCCCACGCCCUGCGAGGGGGACAUCGAGGUGUUCCAGCAGGGCCGCUGGCAGGUGCUGUGCGACCACCGGGCGCUGCGCAACGAGCGGGGCCGGCAGCUGUGCAGGGAGCUGCGCUGCGGGAACCUCUCCUCCAGCACCGAGCUCCGGGAGCCCCUUGCCAUGGGGGUCAGCUGCGAUGUCCGCCACCUGCACCUCUGCCCGGACAGCCCCCGCUCGCUGCGCUCCUGCUCCCGCACCCGAGUCGUGUGCCAGGACUCGAAGCCGCAUCCCGCCGGCGUACCAGCGGGCACGGUGGCGAGCAUCUGCCUGGCCCUGCUCCUCUUCGGCAUCCUCCUGCUUAUCUGCGGCCCUCCCGCCUACAGGUGGCUGAUGAAGAAAAUCUCCAAGAAGAAGCAGCGGCAGUGGAUCGGCCCCACGGGGCUCAACCAGAACGUCUCCUUCCACCGCAACAGCACCGUCACCCUGAGGCCGCGGGCAGAUGGGCAGAGGGCGCAGGGGGGGGACAACGACUACGCGCAGCCCCCCCAGAAGAGCUCCCACCUGACGGCGUACGCAGGAGCUGUGCCCUGCUCGGUUCCCUCCGCAGCCCUGGAAGGCGCAGCCCGAUCCUCCAACCCUCCGGACAACUCCUCUGACAGCGACUACGACCUGCAGUCGGCCCGCAGGCUGUGACCCCCACAGAGGUAGGGGCGGCCCAGCUGCGGCUACUCACGUGUUGGCAAACCACCUCGCUUCCUGCCCUCCCUCCUCGCCCUGCAGACUUGAGGUGGGAUUCAGCACAUGGAGAAAGGUAAAGCACGAGCUGAGCAGAGCCGGCGGAGAAAAAGACAAAUCAAUGCCUGUGCUGGAAGCCCCCCCGUGUCCCCCCACGGCCUGGCAGAGCUCGUCCUGCUCACAGGGACGCGGCCACUCGUGGGGAGACCUUGCCUCUCGCCGUGUCCCUGCCAGAGCUGGAGCUGAACCUGCCUGUGCCCCCCACCGCCCGCUGAGCUCCCCCCAGGCCGAGCAGUGCUCAGCUCUGAGCCCCCGCCCGCUUUGGGGUGCCGCAGCACCCCGCUAACCGAGCACCCUUCCGAGAAAGCUUCCUCAACCCUGCCCCGGGGCCUCCCGCCUGGGAAAGUGCAAGGCGGGGGCUUUUCAAGCUUUUUGUAUGAGUCUGAGAGGCAGCUGGGUUGCAGCAGGCUUUGCACGCACACCGAGAACGGAGCAGCCGCGCUCACGACAGCUCGGAGGGGGAUUGCCGGCCUCUCCACCCCGAAACCGGGAUAACCACGCUCCUCCGCCCCGCAGGAGGCUGUGCACGCACAGGGCUCCGUGCUUCGCCAGCAGGACCUCUGCUCCUCGGGCAAGGCUGCAGAGAUGUGAGCUCGGCCGUGCUUGUGCGGUGCAGAGUGAGAUUUGCGCCCACGUACGCAGCAAAGCGCAGACGCGAGGAGCGCAGGGAGGGUAAAAAUGUUGGGAACCAAAUCUGAGAUAUUUAACGAGCAGUGGUGGUUGUAAUAAAAUUGUUUUUCUAGUA